AUGUCGGUUUCAGCUGUUAGAAUCCCAGCCACUCGUACGGCCAAAAACGCUGUGAUAUUCUUACACGGCCUUGGUGAUACAGGCGAGGGCUGGUCGUGGUUUCCUCAGGUGAUUUCGCAGACUGGGUUACUCAAGUCCCAAGCAGAGACAAACUUUGUGUUUCCUAAUGCUCCAAGUAUUCCAAUCACCGUCAAUGGUGGAAUGAGAAUGCCAGGAUGGUUCGAUAUCUACGAGUUUGGUAACCCCAAGGCUAGACAAGAUGUUGAAGGUUUCUUCAAGACAUGCGACUUCUUAAAGCAGUUGAUCAAGGAGGAGCACGAGAAGCACAAUAUUCCACUUUCUAGAAUCGUGAUUGGUGGCUUUUCCCAAGGUGCUGCCAUUUCUAUGGCCACUCUUGGUCUUCUUGAAGAGAAGAUUGGUGGUGCUGUGGGUCUUUCCGGUUUCUGCCCUGUGUCUGAAGCGCUCAAGGAUAAGUUGCAGACUGCCAACUUAGACACUCCUGUUUUCCAGGGCCACGGUGACGCUGAUCCAAUUAUCAACUACAAUUUCGGCCAGGAGACCAGCACUUACUACAAGAAUGCUGGCUUUAAGGACUGGUCCUUCAAGCUCUACCCUGGUGUAGCACACAGUGCGAAUGACGAAGAGUUGGUAGACGUGAUCAGCACUGUCAAUUGGAAUCCUCCUACACUCUUUACAAUGGAAGCGCUUCGAGUGAUCCCUGGCUUUGGGUCCAAAUCUGUAUCCAAACUGGAUCUUUCCGCAAAAGACAAGCGCUAUCUCUCGAAUGUCGAAAAGGCACUCGCUACCUUUGAUAGUCUCCAGGAAUGGGCCGACUACAUUGCCUUUCUUUCUCGGUUGCAGAAGGCUUUGCUGCUUGGAGACGAGUCAGUCGAGCUGCAAUCGAUAGAAUGGAUUCCAUUGAGCGACCAGGUGUCGAAGAAGUUGGCUCUUUGCCUUUCUCCAAAGUUACCGAAUGGAGUCCACCAGAAAGCAUUGAGCAUAUACGAGUCGAUCUUUACUGCUCUCACGAAAAAUGCAUUUGAUGCUCAUGUCAAUGAGUGGCUUCCGGGGUUUGUGCCAGUUAUUUCAUAUGCUUCCAUGCAAUUGAAGCCAAAGAUACUUGAAAUCUACAGACAACACAUUAUCCUGAAACUUAACCAGGAUACGAUCAAAACAGUUGUUAAGCCUCUUAUGCUUUCGCUUCUUGCUGUGCUUGAUGACGAAAACUCAGAAGUUUACAAGGAUGCGUUUGCUCUCAUGGACUCCUUCAAGUCUGCCAUGAACGAUAACUCUUUAUUCUGGCAAACGCUCUUCGUAUGCAUCACCACCAGCCCCGAAAGAAGGUUGGGAGCUCUCAAUUGGUGUGUGGCUCGUCUACCGUCAUUUAAACUGUUCAAAGAUAAAGAUGGCCAUAAGCUUUCGGCUGAGGCAAACGCAUGCUUAAGACCGGAGCCAGGACUCUUGGUUCGUGCAUUUGCCGCUGCAAUCGAUACAAAAACAAGCUUCAACCUGGCAAAUGAUAUUAUUGUUAUUCGUGGUUUCUUUGAUCUUUUGUUGUCACACUUGCCGCUCUCGUCAGAUGUAUUCCAGCACGACUUUACAGUGGCAGACAGGGAGCUCUUGAUUAUGGCAUCUUGUAAAAUCACAUUGAAAAAAGAUAUGAGUCUAAACCGCCGUUUAUGGAAUUGGCUCAUUGGACCCGAGACCAGUGAAGAAGGUGGAGACGGCGACGCUCACGUCACUUAUUUCGCCGACCAUGCAUUGCCUAUUCUUUCUGAGGGUGUUCUAAAGUUAGUGAACUCAAAAGACCACGGCGAGAAGAUUCAGGGAUUGAAAAUUGCAUUAUCAUUUAUGUUGGAUCGGUGGGAGAUUAGUCAAUUGGUUGCUCCAAGGUUCUUUACCCUGAUAUUACAGUCAUGUUAUCUUUCUUUUAAAACCAAUGCUGAAGGGAGUGACGAAAUCUUGGCAAAUACCAAACUCUUUUUCGAUGCAGUUGAAGCUAGAAUAAUCUGGGAAUACAUCAUCUGUACAUUGAUCUUGAGCGAGUCAACCACAGAUUUCGAAAUGCUCCGCUUCCUUCUUAGAAACUUUGACUUUCACGACCAAGAAGUUGCAACUCAUAUCCCAUUGGCCAUGUUAUGUUUACUCAUGAGAUGUGAAUUAUCGAAGCAGUCAGUCGAAGCACUUGAGCUUUUGCUGGGUCUCGCUCAACCUCGUUUAUUUGCUCCUUUGAAAAAUGUUGAACGGAAAGACAAAGAACUGUUCUUGGAAGAAGUUCAAGAAUACUAUGAAGGGCUCAACGUGAACGAUGCGAUUAAACCACCAAUUGAUGGCACUGAAAUGUCAUUCAUGCUUCUUGAUAAUUUGAAAGACUGGUAUGUCCAGAGUGUCGAUCAGGAUGACUUGAACGACAAGGUUUCAUCAAUUCUCUGCCACUUCCUUUUCACAAUCCCAACGGAGAACUAUGAAGUCUUCCAUUUCCUGGAUCGAGUCAUUCUAGACACCGUGCUUAAAAUCAAACCAUACUCGUUUGGGUCUGAUGAGAUUUACAACCAAAAGACACUUAAUCUUGUCCUCGGAGCAGUGAAGUUUACUCGUUAUCUUGUGAAGGCCUCUAAUACAUAUCAAAGAAACAAGAUUCUUAAGAUUAUUCUUUCGAACUUGUGGUAUGCAUUAGUUAGCCCUUACCCUGCAAACAACGAGGUGGAAGCGGUGAAGAUUAUAUUUGAUCUUGAGUUAAGUUUUGAAAGUCAUGAAAUCGAAGCAGGGCUAGUAGAGAUGCUUAUUCACACGCCACAGGAAUACAAAGCGAUUGCAUUCUAUAAGUUAUGGACCCAUUCUUCAGAUCUCAGCGCCGCCGAAUCACUUCUCGCUGGUCCAUUACAUUUGAUCUUGGAUGACUUACUUGAUACCGAUCCAGCUAAUGUUAUGGCCGCCCAAAGACUAGUGCGUAACAUUAUCAGAGAUGGUAGCGCAGUUCGUUUCUUGAAACUUCUUACGAACCCUCUCCUAUCGUUCAGCAUCUUGAAGAGCGAAUCGGCUGAAGUCAACUAUCACGACGACUUGAAGUUAUUUGCUUACAAUGUUCAAACCAUACACAAAGUCAUCCAAAGCAAUGAAAAGUUACUAAAAGAGGCGUUCAACCAUGAAUUUGUUGUCUCUGAAUCUACAGAGACCUUUGAACUCCUCAAGUCAAAUGACUGGGAGGUAUCAAACUACAAAUCUUUCGUCUGUGCCGUUUUGCACAAAUUCUUGAGCCUUAGAUUAUCUUCCGGAAUCCUUCAAAAUAAGAAAGCACUCAAGGAUUAUGCUAACGCUGUAUCUUCUACAUUGGAGCUAUUUGCAGACCUCGUGAUCGGUUCUGAAGCCGACUUCGAAGUUCAUUUCCUCAAACUUGUACAAUACUGUUUGUAUUAUGUCCAGCAAAUUGAUCCAAUACCCUUCGAAAUUGAACUUGUCGAAGCCGAGUACAUUAACAUCAUUAUGCACUUUUUGGACUUGACGAAAUCCAUGAACGUUGACUUGAGCUUGUUACAUACUGCAGCAGAUUCAAAGGACCCUAUAUUGGUGACAUUCAUCAUCGAGGGUAUUAAGAAGUGUCUGUCCUCCAUCCUUCUUGAGAAAUGGUUUGUUUUACUUACUCGCUCCCUCUAUUCGUUUAACGAAUCUGUCUUUAGCGUCAUUAUGACUUUGAAUGAUGGCAUAAUAACAAAGGUUAGAGGGUACCUUAAUUGCGUCAAGGAGUUCGGCAAAGCUAACGAUUUCACAAACCUCGAGUCGUCAUUCUCGAUUUUGCUUUCGGGUCUUGAAGACAUGUUAUCGAUAAGUCAUUCUUAUCUUUUAACGUCAAGUCUUCGCUCCAACGCAAAAGCCGCCGCUGCAAACGGCGAGUCAGGAUUCUUGGGUAACAUGAUUCUGGGAGUGUUUCUGAUUGAGUCACCUAAUUUGAGGACAGAAGAACAGAACAAGAUUUACUCUAUUUUAAUCUCCAUCCAAGAUGCCUCCAAGAUGGCAUUCGAAAUCUGGGAUUGGGCUGAAAGGGCUUCAUCAUCUCUGGCAGCCAAGUUUGCUUCCACGAAGUCUGUUGUGUACUUGAGCAACAAGUUACGUUUCCGGUCCAGGAAACUCCUUGAAGCUUUGAUGGAUUUGGAGCGCCAAGAAGUGAUCGAAACCAUCAUUGAAACAUCAAGCGAAAAGCUGACCAAACUUAAACUUCUUCAUGUUCUUGAUAAUGGAAGACCACAGAUAACACUUCCUCAUAUCAUUAAUUCAAUUGUUACCAGAUGCUAUCCCCUGAUAUUGGAUGAGAACAAGAAGUCCUCGAUGAAUUCUCCUGUGACUUCGAAACAGCUUUCUGAGUUCUUGGUACCAUACUUAGAGUCCGUUGACAGCGACACCAUUGAAGAAGUUUGGGUUAAAUUGGUCCUGUUCUUCAGAGAUGUUUUGGCCCAUGCAUUUUACUUCAGAGAUCUGCUCUCUGACUUUUUACGUGCACUUGUGGUGCUUGCUACAAAAGGUAAUACCAGAAAAUCCAGUGAUCGGAAAGGACACGGUAAAGAAGUUGCUGAUUUAUUUGUUAGAAUGAUCAAUGCGGCAUGUACAAUCGGUAUGGCAGAAGAUUCAGAGAAGCAUAAUGAGCACAGUGCUGAAGACCUUCUCAAAACCUUGACCCAAUUAAUUGAAUCCGUUCAAGAGGUGAUACAGGAUUCCGAUAAGACCACUUCAGUUGUUAAUACCAUUGUCAAUGUCGUAUUAGCUCCGCAGUUGAAGUUGAAACUGAAGAAGACUGAAGAUGCACUUGCAUUGAUGACCUUGAUUGGUAAAGUGCAUGCUACGAAGGCAUGGAAGACCACGGUCAAUGAUUUUUUCGUGGACAAUAAUUUCUUCAAGAGCAGGAACUAUCAGCUUGAUGGCUGGAAGAACCUCAUUGGGGUUUGGGCUGCUAACGACAAGGAUGCAGCCGUUGAUCUCAUAAGCCGCAUUUCUCCACCAACCAAGAGCACUGCUGCUAAUAUCUUCGUUUGGAGUGAAAAUUCUGAAGUAGAGGAUAAAGUCUACAUCUUGAAGAGGCUCUCAUACUUGAUUGUGGUUCUUCCAAGAGACCAGUUAUCGAACGUAUUGGAAGAUUUAUUCUCGAGAUUGUUCGAGGUGAUCAAUGGAUCGUGCCCUGCUCUUUUCAAGUGUGAAGCAUUCCUAUUAUUAAGAGCAGUGACAGUCAAGUAUGAUCAGUUGCAUUUACUUUCCACCUGGGAACCUAUCACACAAGGACUUGUGGAGGUCUUCGCAUCCAUUUUAUCCAAGAGUCAGAAGGACUUGGGUCAAUUGGGAGAAGACGACGCUCAGCUCGUGUUAAGUGCUUGUAAGCUUCUCGAUCAGCUAUUACUUAUUGGAUUCGACGAGUUCACCUUGAAAGAAUGGCUUUUCGUGGAAACGAACCCUGCAGCAGUGACCGACAGCACCAAGCAAGACUCAACGUCAUUGAUCGAUUUACUUGCUAAGCUGACGGCCAACCUCUCUGUGAAGAGCUCAGCUGUGCAAGUGACCCAUCCUACGCCUGGGUUGCCUAACAAACCAACUCUCUAUGGCGUGCAAAAGAUCGAGAGCAUUGGAAGCCUCAGGAGGUUUUUCGAUCUGUUCAGCUAUAUCAAUUACGAACGUUCGUACAGCUUGGCACAACCAAACUUGGAAGAAUGUUGUUCUGACAUCCUUCAAGAUUUGUCUACAUUUAACUGA